AUGAAUCCACACCAGAAGAACAAGAUUGACAUCAACAAAUUGUCGGCGGACGAGCAGCGGUUGUUUAGACUCUAUGGCAAGCUACCGAACAAGAAGGACCUGCUGCAGAACAAGUUGAAGGAGCGCAAGUAUUUCGACUCCGGCGACUAUGCCCUCUCCAAAGCCGGCAAGGCCUCCGACACGGGCGUCACCACCAUCGGCACCGAACACCCCCAGGCCGACAGCAUCCCCCACCUCUCUCCUCUUACACACACGGUCUCCCGUUCCGACAGCAUCGCUCCUGGCACCCCUGGCGUCGGCUCCCACGGCAACUCCCCAGAAAACACGAAUCCAUUGUCUUUCGGCCAGGGCGGCCCGCCGGGUGGAAUUCAUCGCGGCAGCAUCAAUGGGAUCCCAGGCGGAGGUUUGCCAGGAGCGCCGUUGACAAGUCGCAGCCCCGUGAAGGAAAGCAGCUUCCUAGCGAGGAGUGCAAGUAUGGAUGAGAAUGACGGCAAGGGCGCCGACGGACAACCGGGAUCUCUGGACGGAAGCGUCAGCCCGCCGGUGCAAAAGGUGGGCAUUCCGAUCCGGAGAUGA